UACUCCUCGAACUUAACAUAACCUAAAAAAUUUGCCUUCUUGUGAAUCUUGUUUGUGAUUCCCUGCUGAAAAUUUCCACUUUUCCUAAGAAACUAUGGCUUCUGCAGCUGCCGCUAAAAUAGCCGAAGUGCGUGAAACUACCAGGGUAGAAAGAAUUGGGGCCCAUUCGCAUAUCAGAGGUUUGGGACUAGAUGAUUGUCUCGAGGCUCGCCCGGUCUCCCAAGGGAUGGUCGGGCAAUUGUCGGCCAGAAGAGCUGUCGGUAUUGUCUUGCAGAUGGUGCGUGAAGGCAGGAUUGCUGGAAGGGCUGUUUUGUUGGCUGGACAACCAGGAACUGGUAAGACUGCUAUUGCUACAGCUUUAGCAGCCGCCCUAGGAUCUGAUACUCCAUUCACAAGCAUGGCUGGAUCCGAAAUUUACUCACUGGAAAUGAGCAAAACCGAAGCAUUGACUCAAGCUAUCAGAAAAAGCAUUGGAGUUAGAAUAAGAGAAGAAACUGAAAUUAUUGAAGGCGAAGUUGUGGAAGUUCAAAUUGAACGACCAGCCACUGGAAUGGGCACAAAAGUUGGAAAACUCAUCCUUAAAACUACUGAUAUGGAAACAGUGUAUGAUUUGGGCGGAAAAAUGAUUGAGAGUGUUUUAAAGGAAAAAGUUCAAUCGGGAGAUGUUAUAUUUAUUGAUAAAGCAACUGGAAAAAUUACACGUAUUGGUAGAUCAUUUGCAAGAGCACGUGAUUACGAUGCCACAGGUGCUCAAACCAGAUUUGUUCAAUGCCCUGAAGGAGAAUUGCAAAAAAGAAAAGAAGUAGUUCAUACAGUUACUUUGCAUGAAAUUGAUGUAAUUAAUAGCAGGACGCAUGGAUUUUUGGCUUUAUUUUCAGGUGAUACUGGAGAAAUUAAACCUGAAAUAAGGGACCAAAUUAAUGGAAAAGUGGCAGAAUGGAGAGAGGAAGGCAAGGCAGAAAUUGUCCCUGGAGUUCUAUUUAUUGAUGAGGUUCACAUGUUGGACAUUGAAUGCUUUUCAUUCCUGAACAGAGCAUUAGAAAACGAAAUGGCUCCAAUUGUAAUUAUGGCCACCAAUCGUGGCAUAACAAAAAUCAGAGGCACCACCUACAAAUCUCCUCACGGCAUUCCUUUAGACCUUUUGGAUCGGACAAUUAUCGUCCCUACAAGUCCUUACGAAGAGAACGAACUCAAAGAAAUUCUGAGCAUCCGAUGUGAAGAAGAAGACUGUCAAAUGUCAGAUAAUGCUUUGACUGUGCUGACAAGAAUAUCUAAAGAAACUUCUUUGAGAUAUGGUAUGCAGCUGAUCAUGACGUCCAGUUUGAUUGCUAGGAAACGUAAAGCGCAUGAGGUGGAUGUUGAGGAUAUUAAGAGGGCCUAUCAGCUGUUUUUCGAUGAAGGUAGAUCUGUGCAGUUCCUGAAGGAAUAUCAGCAAGAGUUUAUGUUUCAUGAGUUGGAUGACGACAUGCGAAUGGAAUUAAGUUAAGGAGACAUGGUAUUGAUGAUUGUUUAAGUAUUGUCUUUUUGUAAGUUUUUUAAGGUAUUUUUUUUUAUUAAUUAACUACUGUAUAAGUCGUGUUUCACCCCUUCUGAUGGGAAGUAAUUAUUCCUUUGUCUCUCAGUCAAAUCGAAUAGAAUAAAAAUCAUCAUUGCUCAUUGAUAAUUUUUAUUAACUUCUAUGUAUUUCUUAAAGAAAAAUAUACUAUUAUAAUAUCACUAUUCCUUUUGAUUUUGAACUAGUUAUAUCACCACUAAGUUACAGUUUUUUUUUGUCUAAAAAUAAAUUGUCAUUACAUACUAUCCGCCUUUAAGAAACUAGAAUACUCUGAGGUUACCCUUAAACUUUUUUUUGAUUUUAUUAUUGCCUUUUGUCGAAAAUUUGAAACUGCUGGGCUGCCGGUGGACUGUUUGCAUAUCUUUGAAACAGUGCGCUUGUAACUGUUAAUUGGUCGUUAUCGGCAUUAGGGGAAAGUACUUUUCUGAUGGUCUAAAAUUCCACGAAGCGCAAAUUUUAUCCGAUUCGGCUUUGGUAUAGCCAUUCCUAAAAAAAAAAUACAUUGUUUACUGUUGAAGUAUGAGUCUUAAUAAUGGAAUAAAUAAAAAACGAAAUAAACAAAAAAAUACUAGUUUAUUUACAAAAAUAAUAAUAAUGGUAAACAAGUGUCAAGGUUAUCUUUUUUGGAGAAAAUUUAGUUUUUCAAAAAACGAACUAAUAAAAAGCAGUUUUUUUAGUUUAAAGAAUCCCCACCGACUGCGGUUAUUAUUUUUAUUCGGACUUUCAUAUCUUUCUGAUUGCACCCAUUCUGCUGUACAAUUACUUGUUCCGUAAUUAAAAAAUGACUUAAUACUUUCCCUUAUUAGGGAUGGAACGUCAUUGGGGUUUCUAAAAUAAUAAUAAAAAAAAAAUAAAAAAUAAUAAUUAGUUUGAAAAAAUCCUACUUUUGCCAUUCUGAGCAAGGACUUCUUUCUCUGAAACAAAUCACUUGGACGAUAUUGAAAAAUAUUGCACCGAUUGUGUUGGCUGUUUCACUGUUUACAUUUUGAAGGCAUUUUCUAAAGGUGGCAUCACAGUCGCAAUGAGAUCUGAGAAUGGAAUCAAAUUAUUUGGUAUUUUUUUCUAAUGGUUAAACUCAAAUUUACCUUGUGAAUGGAGAAUUAUUGCAA